CGAGCAGCUCGCCUCGACUAUCGAGGAUUUGGAGAAAGAGUCGGAGGAAAAGACGAGCUCGAUGCUUCUCGCGGAGGACAUCGAGGAGAACAGGAGAGCGACCAUAGCCCUGGAAGAGCAGGAAAAGGAGUUGCAGGGGAAGCGGGAGCGUUUGCGAGAAAGAGCCGAAAAGGUGUCAAAAGAAAAGGAGGAACUGAGGCAGUUAAAACGGGAUACUGCUAAGGAGCUGCAAGAAAAUCAGGCCCAAAAGCUGCAAGCCAUCCAACAUGCAAAGGAAGAGGAAGAAAAAAUCGAAAAGCUAGAAAAGAGCAUUGAAGAACUGACGAAACGGUAUGAAGGCCUGCUCGAAGAAAGACAAGAAGAGCACCGGCGUAGACGGCAGGCCAAACUAAACCGGGAGAGCAGUGCAAAGAUGCCUGGAAAGUUUGAGGACGCCGAUCGACGCCGUGAAUGCCGUAGAGCAGAGUACCUGAGAGACGAAAAACCUCGACUUAAAGCUGAACUGAAAGAAAUCGAUCGCUCAAAUCUGGAACUGCAGAAGGACAUAAAGGAGGAGAAGACUCGUAUCCUGCACCUCUCCGAAGAGCUGAGGCAGAAGAAGACAGAGCUGGAAGACAUCACAGCAGAAACAGAAAGAUUGGUAAAAACAUUCACACGUUUAGAGCGUUAG